AUGCGACGUACACUUCGGGCACAACUGGGUUCCCCAAAUGCAUUGAAGGAGCACACGAGCGUCUUCAACAGCAUCACAGAUCUUUCUACGCGAUAUGGCGUUGCCAGCAACGCCGAUGAAGUAGUCCUUCUUCUGUCGGAAUAUGUUUUUGAACCGUUUGUGCGUCAAAUUCUCAUGGCCCUGACGACGGAUAACACGCUUGCCAUUAUCAACGAUCAAGACAAGUUUGACCCAGAGAUACUCGUCGCUUUUAUGCGCCAACACAGAGUUACCUAUCUCAAUGGGACGACUUCCGUCCUCCAAGAGUACGGUUUCCUCUCAUAUGCUGGCCUGAAACGCAUCGUCUUAGUUGGAGAGAACUUGACCGAGUCUCGGUACGCUGCUUUGCGCCGUCGAUUCAAAGGUCGUAUCAUAGACGAGUACGGAUUCACAGAGUCGGCGUUUGUCACGGCCCUAAAGCAUGGAGACGAGAUUGAGGAGAGGCUGACCAAGGCAUGGGGCGAUGUUCUUGCCGUUGAGGCGAAGAACAUCGGACCAGAGCACAACUUCUUCCGGUUGGGCGGCCACAGCAUCACUUGCAUUCAGCUGAUUGUUCGGGUUCGCGAGUAUCUGGGUGUUUCGAUCGGCCAUGGCAAGAAGCCCGUCGUAUUGUUGUCGAGUCGAGCACUCGCAAACGGCGCAACCGGACACACAUAUCUGGCAAACAGCUUGCAACAAGGGUUCGUCUAUCACGCACUCAAGACGCCGCAAAAGGAUGCCUACAUCAUGCAGUCCACGUUACACUACCCGGCACCUCUGCAGCACGACCAUUACCGCGCUGCUUGGGAGUUGGCCCACAUACAGCACCCUGCGCUGCGGCUGCGCUUCUCAUCGGCAUCCGAAGUGAUGCAAGCCGUGGAAGAGAAUGUGCCUCUGGGCUGGCGAGAGGUAGACGCCAGCGGCGUACGGACUGAAGGCGAACGGCAGCAGGUGCUCCAUCGGAUACAGCAGGACAACCACAGCGAGGGCUUCAACCUGGAAUCGGCGUCACUGGCGCGGGUGUACUUGGUCAAUGGCCCAGAUACACUUUCGCCGUGCGUUUUUAGCUGCCAUCACGCGAUUCUGGAUGGCUGGAGUCUUCCUCUGCUCUUUGACAACUUGCACGAGACAUACCUGCGCUUGACAAGGGGGGAGAAGCCAUCACCCCGCGAGGACGGCACCUACAUGCUUGCUCAGAAAUAUCUUCAACGCCAUCGCGAUACUCACCUGGACUUUUGGGCCCAGCAUAUUGACCAGGUCCGGGAGCGAUGCCAUCCGAAUGCCCUCCUGAACGACACGAGCCGCUACAAGGUGCCCCUGGCAGACUACGAUCACGUCUUGGGGCAGGGUCAGCAAAGCAUACGGCUGCCCCGAGAUGCUGCCAUGACCAAGUUAAUGGACGUAUGCUCGGGAGGCAGCCACACCGUGACGGGGACCACCAUUUCUGGCCGAAACCUGCCCAUUGACGGCAUUGAGAGAUCAAUUGGCUUGUUCAUCAACACCUUGCCCCUUGUGCUGGACCACACCAGCUACGGGGACACGAGCGCCCUGGAUGCCAUUGCCAAGGUACAAAGGCAGGUGAACGCCAUGAACGAGAGGGGAAGCAACGAGCUCGGCCGCUUGCGGCGGGACGACUUGAAGCACGGCCUUUUUGACACACUGUUUGUGCUGGAGAACUAUCCAAACCUGGACUCGUCGAGGAGACAAGUGCAUAAAGCACUGCUGCAGUACACCAUCGAAGGGGGUACCGAGAAGCUCAGUGGCGGUCAUCGUCCAAGGGCUGGGGCACGGCGGAUGUGUUGUUGCAAAAACGUACGCCACACCCUUUACAACGUGGCGGAGAAGCCCGAUGCGCCCAUACGGGACAUCGAGUAUCUGUCAGCCCGCCAGAGGGAGAAACUUGACAAAUGGAACGUCACUGCGGAUGAAUACCCUAGCGUUACCAUUCAUUGCCUGUUCGAGGCGGAAGCGCAGCGCAAACCGGACAAGAUAGCGGCCAUUUACCAAGACACCAGGUUGAGCUAUCGGGAGCUCAACUCCCGGGCCAAUGCCCUGGCGUAUUACCUGCUGGACCGUGCGGCCAUUGAGCCUAAUAAGCUGGUUGCGCUGGUAGUGGACAAGAGCGAGCACAUGAUUACUAAGUGGGCAUUGGCAGGCAUAUGGGCGGAGCUGCUCGACAUAGCCCGUCAACUCAUCAGCAUUUACAGUGACUUCUUCAGCCUGGGAGGCGACAGCCUGAGGAGCCCCAGGCUGUCCUUUGACGCCACCAAGGCCCUGGGCGUGCCAGUCAGUGUGAGCAGCCUCUUUCGCUACCCGACCAUUGAGGCCUUUGCCCGGUGGUUGUGGCGGGAGAGACUGCUGUUUCUCCGUGAGUUUGACCGAGGCUCGAGCGCGUACAGCAUUGCCAUUCAUAUGGAGCUUGAGCGCCGCCAGGCUGAGACUGCGGCCCGUCUGACGUACUUUGAGAAGGCGAAAGUCCUGGACCCAGUGACGGCCGACAAGAUGCUCACCGUCCAAGCCGUGUCUUGCAGCGAUCUGUCUCAAGCGGAGCGGCAGAUGGUUGCCGCGGCAGAGCACGUCUUUUGCCUCGACCAGGAUCUUCCCUUCACUGUUAAUAUAAACUCGGGGGCGACAUUUUCGGUCGGCAUCCCCGUCUCGCACAGAUGCCGCGCCGAGUACGAGUCGGUCGUGGGCUUCUUUGUCAACCUCUUGCCGCUGCAGGUCGACGUCUCGGCCUCGACCAUCCAUGAGCUGAUCUCGACUGCUCAAAAGGAACUCAUUGAUUGCCAGGUGCAUAUGGACAUGCCUUUCCAGGACAUGACGCGGCUGCUGCAGGAGCAGCACGACACUAGUCGACAUCCGCUGGUACAGACCGUGUUCAACUGGGAGACGGGACCAUCCGGCGCGAUGCUGCAGCCGCAUGUCGGUGGUGGGAAAGCCCUCCUCCGCGAGUACACGCCCUCUCGGCCGUUGCCUUCGUUAGCAAAGUUUGACUUGAACGUGUCCGGGUAUGCCGAGACGUACCUGGCCGUUCUUGAAGACAUGGCUAAUGCUGACGCAUCUGCAUAUUUGCCGAGCUUAGCUCUGCACGCUCCGGAAUCCGAUAAGCAAGAGACGUCCGGAGACGCUGCGCUAGCUGCGCUGUUUGAAGGACAGGCCGUGCUCAACACGCAGCAGGUGGCCAUCGUCGACGGCAACUCGAGGCGCAUCACGUUUGGCCACCUCGAUGCCAGGGCGAACCGGUUGGCGCACUACAAACUGACUCUGGGCGCGAGCCCUGCUGGGCCUGGCUACGUCAUCGCCCUCAUGCUAGACAAGAGCAUGGGGAUGCUGGUUUGCGUCCUGGCUGUCUGGAAAGCUGGUGUGGCAUACGUGCCCUUGGAUCCCGACUAUCCCGCCUUGAGAGUCGGACUGAUACUCGACGACACGAGGGCAGCGCUGCUCAUCACCACGAGCAAGUACUCCUCCCGCGUCGACUGCAAGUCUCCCAUGGUCGACGACGCGGACGCAAUCAGCAACCUCGAGCGGCAGCCUCGCGUCAACACGGGCCUCCCGGACUUGAGCCCCUCAGCGCUCGCCUACAUAAUCUUCACUUCGGGCACAACGGGGAGGCCCAAGGGCGUGAUGGUCGAGCACCGAAGCGUGGUGAAGCCGCAAAAGGCCCUCGCGGGCGUUUCCGAGGCAUGUGCUAUGCUAACCCGCAGCAACAGCUCCCAGGCCGUCCUGUUUCUCUCCAACUACGUCUUCGACUUUUCCGUGGAUCAGAUUGCGCUCUCCCUCCUUAGCGGCAACAAGCUGAUCCUCCCGCUGGAGGAAGGCCUCACUCACCCGCGAUUCUGCGAGCUAGGCAACGCGGAGAAGCUCUCGUACCUGAGCGGAACGCCCUCCGUACUGCAGCAGGUGCGGCUCUCGUGCCUGCGGCACCUAGAGAUGCUUACCGUCGCCGGCGAGGAGUUUCACCCGUCCCAGUACGCCAGCAUGCGGAGAGAGUUCGCGGGCCCGAUCCACAACGUGUACGGCAUCACCGAGACGACCGUGCACAACCUGGUGACGACGUUUCAAGGCCCGCAAGCGCCCUUCACGGGUGCCCUGCGUGACGAGCUGCCCGGGACAAAGGCGUCUCACGCAGCGGCCGAGCUGGUCGGCUACUACAACCUCGAACCAGGCACCUGCAAUCCCGCGCCCGAGGACGUCGCGCAAGCUCUGGCCUCGCGGGUCCCGUCGUUCAUGGUCCCCGGCAGGCUCCGCCUCUUGCAGGGUGCUCAGCCCGUUACCGUGAACGGGAAGCUGGACCUGAAGAGGAUGGCCGCAGCAGCGCAGCGCGACGAGCCCAAACGCGCACAUGGACUCGUGCGCGGAACCGCCCCCUUGCUGCCGAUUCAAGAGUGGUUCUUUUCCAAGAGGCUAGGGCGGCCCGGGUUCUGGAACCACUGCUUUGCGAUGCGAACGCCGCAGCUAGACAGGGCGCGACUCCAGGAGGCAGUCGGCAUGCUGCGGACGCGGUUCGCCAGGAUGGGCGGAAGGCUGGUCCAGCAGUUUGACGCGGAGCAGCCAAGGUCCAAGCCGUCGACGCGGCAGACAUGGCGCAAGCACACCGAGUGGCUGUUGAGUGCCAGCCAUUCCCGCUUCGACACGGAACGGGGACCGCUGUUCGGCGUCGUCUACGUUUCCGGACGCGCCGACGGCGCAGCCUACGUCUGGUGCGCGUUCCACCACCUCAUCGUCGACGCCGUCAGCUGGAGCGUCAUCAAGUCGGAUCUGCAGGCCCUCUACAGCGGGCGCGGCCUCGGAGCCAAGAGCAGCAGCGUGCAGCAGUGGGCGGGCGCCCUGUCAACCUACACGCCGACCUCGCGCGAAACGGAGUACUGGGAUGAGGUGCGAGCCAGAGCGGCGCGAAGCACGAGGGGCUUGCCGGGGAGGAGCAGUCAGGCGCUUGUCACCAGACGCGAGGACGCCCUCCUGCCGAGCGACGAGACGGCGGCCCUGUUUCGGCACUGCUGCGCGAAGCUCGACGUUGGCGUGCGCCACGCGGUGUUCAUGUCCGUGGGGCUAUGCGCUCCAGGGACUCGCGGGCGAUGGGGAGGCCUUGCCGUCGUGACGGUCGAGGGCCACGGCCGCGAGGACGCCGCCGUAGAUGCGUCCCUGGACCUCGGCAGAACGGUGGGCUGGUUCACGAGCAUCUACCCGUUUGAAUCCCACCGGGUGGCGCACCCGGUGCAGGUGGUCCUCGAGGUCAAGAAGCGCUUGGGCGCGGUCCCGGCUCGCGGCGUAGGAUACGGCCCCCGCUACGGCUAUCUGGGGGAUUCCCUCCCGCCCGUGACGGUCAACUACCUCGGCAGGAGGAUGGAUCAAACGCGCCGGCAGCCGGACGACUGGGCCCUGGCGGCAGAUCAGGACGGCCUGCCCUACGGACUAUGCGUCGGCCCCAAAGACAGAGACGGCAGCUCCUCCAGCCUGCUCGACGUGACCGUCUCAUCCGCCCACGGGCGGCUGUCUCUCCAGGUGGCAAGCUACUGCGCCGCGGGCGGCGGCGCCGACGCGCCUCUGUUCCUCCUCCCGCCCGGCGAAGGCGGCGCUGAAAGCUACUUCCGCAACCUGGUCCAAGGAUGCACGUCGCCCUCGGGGCGAGGGAUUGAAAAGAAGACGCACGCGGCUGCGGAGACACGAAGCCAGAGACUUGCCAACUCAACGGCGGCUAUUGCGGACUAG